GCAGUGGGCUGCAAAAAAAACGACUGCGCCUGUUGUUGCAAUAUAUAUAAUUACGUAACACUUCUUGGACAGGUCAGUUGUGUGAGAGCCACUGAGGUGUUUGUUUCGCAGUGCGCGCAUAAUAAAGUAAGAUUUCACGUAGCAUAUUAAUUCAGUGAGACUGUUGUGGGAGACGUGAUUGACCAGACUUGAAUAUUUUUAAUCGUCUAUCGUGCUUAAAAACAUUCGUAGUAAUGGCGCCAGAACCUGAAACCAUGCUGCCAACACCAAAGAUAACGUUGUUUCCAGCACAUAGUAUACAGCUGGGUUGGAGAAAGAACGAUUGUGUAGGUCGUGGAAUGACUAACGUUGGUAAUACCUGCUACCUCAAUUCAGCCUUACAGGCGUUAUUCCAUGUACCGGCAUUUGUCCACUGGCUCUGCAGUGAUAAUAGCCAUCGCAGCAAUUGUGCAGGUGUUAAUGGGUCAGUGAAAGACGUGUGCAUCAUCUGUGCAAUGAACAAGACUUUCAAAGCGUCAAGGAAGAAUAGAGACACUAGCAUAAAACCGCUCUUGAUAUACAAGGAAUUACAGUUCAUCAGCGAGGACCUUGAACCUGGUCAGCAAGAGGACGCCCAUGAGUUCAUGUGUUAUCUUCUGGGAAGUAUGAAAGAAUCCUACCUAACAAGCUACAAAGACUGCAUGUUGGACAGUUACAGCAUGGAAACUACGCCUCUGAAUCAAAUAUUUGGAGGUUAUAUCAGAACAGAAGUGACAUGUUCGCAGUGUGGUAGUGUGUCCACAACAUUUCAGUACUGUCAAGACUUUAUUCUGGAUAUUCACGAUACGUCCACAUUGGAUGGUGCUUUGGCAGCCUACUUCAGCGAAGAAUGCCUAGAUGGGGAUGAUGCUUAUUGGUGUGAACAGUGCCACAGGAAAGUUUCAGCUACAAAGAAAUUUUCUUUGGAGAAACCACCUCAUGUUCUGUGCAUACAAAUCAAGAGGUUCGACAUCAUGGGAGAAAAGAUUGACAAACACAUUUCGUUCUCCCUGAGACUGGAUCUUACAAGGUUCCUUUGUCCUCGGUCAGCUCACCAUGGCCCAGCACCACUUAAAUAUCGUCUUGUUUCCAUGGUCAUACAUGAUGGCCCAUCAAUCCACUGUGGCCACUACACUGCAGUGGCACAGACUUCUAUGGGUCGGUACUAUAAAUUUGAUGACAGUUUGGUGCAGGCUAUCUCAUCGUCAGUGGUCCUUGGCUCUGAUGCAUAUAUUAUGAUGUAUGAGCGUGAACCUGCAGGUCCAUCAGUGCCACAGAAGAGUGCUGCAUCCACCACUGCAACUUGUGCUGUCAAUGGACAGAAAACCAGCUCAUCUCCACAGGCACCUGUCAGCCACAAGAAUGUAUCAGUGGUGAAUCAUAGGCAAGGCUGUGGUUCUGUUUCUCCUAUAUACACAUGUGCUUCAUCUCCCUCAUCAGCAAAAGGUGAGUUGACUUCUAGUGACUCAAUGGCAGCACAACAUUGCUCAUGGGAUAAGCCUAGCCUUGGAGAAGUGAGCCCUCCCUUCCGGCAAUCCUCAUCAAAAUGUAAGAGACCAUUUGCUCAUAAGUCUUGUUGCCCAGACAGUGAUGUGACUGCCAAUGACAUGAAAUUGUUAGAAGAUGACUCAAAACUCUUGAAAUCUCAUACUGGCAAUGCGACAGAUGUUGAAAGUGGGGGUGACAACAUGACAAGGGGAGGUGAACAUGUUAAGAAAAUAAAGGACAGCAAUGAAGGGGGAGAGACACUCUUAUCACAACUAGAAAGCAAGGAUAUCACAGUGUCUGAUGUAGAAAAACUUAAUUCAGUACAGGACAGCUCGAUAGAAGAGAAAACACGAAAAAAAAACAUAGAAGGAACAAGAAAAAGAAAAAGAAGUCUACAGCAGAUAUCAGUGAAGUAUCUGAGGCUGUGGAAGGAAGCUGUGAAUGCUGCAUCCACCACUGCAACUUGUGCUGCCAAUGGACAGAAAACCAGCUCAUCUCCACAGGCACCUGUCAGCCACAAGAAUGUAUCAGUGGUGAAUCAUAGGCAAGGCUGUGGUUCUGUUUCUCCUAUAUACACAUGUGCUUCAUCUCCCUCAUCAGCAAAAGGUGAGUUGACUUCUAGUGACUCAAUGGCAGCACAACAUUGCUCAUGGGAUAAGCCUAGCCUUGGAGAAGUGAGCCCUCCCUUCCGGCAAUCCUCAUCAAAAUGUAAGAGACCAUUUGCUCAUAAGUCUUGUUGCCCAGACAGUGAUGUGACUGCCAAUGACAUGAAAUUGUUAGAAGAUGACUCAAAACUCUUGAAAUCUCAUACUGGCAAUGUGACAGAUGUUGAAAGUGGGGGUGACAACAUGACAAGGGGAGGUGAACAUUUUAAGAAAAUAAAGGACAGCAAUGAAGGGGGAGAGACAAUCUUAUCACAACUAGAAAGCAAGGAUAUCACAGUGUCUGAUGUAGAAAAACUUAAUUCAGUACAGGACAGCUCGAUAGAAGAGAGAAAACGAAAUAGAAAACAUAGAAGGAAAAAGAAAAAGAAGUCUACAGCAGAUAUCAGUGAAGGGUCUGAGGCUGCGGAAGGAAGCUGAGAAUGGGUUGAAGAAACCACUGAGACCUUUUAUACCAAGCACAGAUAAAUAUCCAUUGCUUGAUUUGGGACUCCUAAACCUGGCGAACACUGUGAUGUGAAUGAAGGCUUAGAACAUGAUGGAGAAAACAAUGCCAACCAUAACAAGUUUAAUAGAGGGAAGCAGAAGUAAAUGAAGCGCUGUCGUUUAUGCUCUUAAUUAUCACAAGCCAUACAAUUAUUAUGGUACCUACCAACCUCCUCAUAAGCAGGGUGCUGGCUGACACAAGGAAUAUCUAAAUGAAUGUGAAUCCUGUAAUCAGCACUAUGGAAGGGGUCAAUGCAGACAAUGAGCAGUGAAUAUUGUAAAUAGAAUGUAAUGUGCUGUUUCAAUCUCUGGUGCAACUGUGAAUUUAGCUGUGUGUACAGCAUAUAAAGAACUUCAGUUGUUAGAACCCAAAUACAAAAUACAAAAAUACAAAAUAUACUGUCAGAAAUUGGUAAGUGGA